GUGACCGUUUUGGCUUAAGAGCACAGUUGGGUGAUACAUUGAAGCAUAUGGAGCUGUUCAAGAUAGCUAUGUAUAUGCUUAAAUGUCGCCGAGAUUUGCGUGUGCCAGCUCAGUAGCAGUUCUUCUCGCCAGUCAUCACGCGUGUGGUUUCGAACAAGGUGUGGAUCAGCAUGUCCCGCGAGAGCAGUCGGCACCCAGGCUCGGCUUUCUCGACUGCACGGGGCAGUCCGACCUGACCGACCGUGGCAUCCGACGUGCGUACCGGCGCAUCGCGAAGGCAAAGCACCCAGACAAGCAGCGGCGAGGACAUCUCAGCGUCGCUCCAGCCGAAGCGGAUCCACCCGAGGAGGAGAGCGAAGGCGCUGGGACGAUCGAGGACUUCACCGAGCUGCGAGACUCGUGGCUGCAGGACCCGCUGCGCUUCCACAUUUACCGGGCGGUCUUCGACAGGGACGGGGGGCGUCUGACGGAAUUCGGCGACGCAGUUACGCGUAAGGAGCAUUCGCAGAAGUCCGCCCCUGCUGUCCUCCAGACAUUGCGUGCGCGCAUCGAGCGUGUGCGAGAUUCCACGCCGUCACGAGGGACUGACAAGGACGCAGACACCGCAGACAGAAACAACACAUCCGCGCCUUUUGCAUCGGAGAAAGAUGACCUUGCAUCAACAACAUCAGUAGCAGCACAGAGGCAAGCUCAAGAGACAGAGAAAGACUGGCCGUAUCUCGACGUGGAGAUCGAUGUGCGGAAUUCUGGCGCACCGAAUGGAGGCUUCUUGCCCCAAGGUGGAUCGUGGACAUUCGCGUUCGCGCGCAAGGGGGUGAGUACCGUGCAUUACAGAGGCGAUGAGAAGGCUGGUGGCUACGACGUCUGUUGCGAUUUCCUCAAGGACUCAAAGUGCGUGCGGAACACGGGUAUUCAACACACAAAAGGGGCAGACGGCAAACUCCGGUCCUCAGAAUCGCCAGGACCGAGAAGUCCACAGGUGCAGGCAUCAUCCCAGAACGGCAGCUUGCCGUAUCAGACUUCCGACUGCCCGUUCGCGCGGGACCGGGAAACCUUGACGUUCCGCGUGCGGAAGCCGCUGCACAAGGACCUCGGGGGGCAGUGGGGGGGCGCGGUCCAGGUCUUCAACGAGCGGCGCGAGGAGGUGCUCUGCGUGGCCCUCGCCCUCCAGGCUGGUCCUCCUCACCUCCAGCACACGGCGAGUCUGCUUCUUCGCCUGGGGCUGGCCGUGGUGCUCCGGGCCCUUCCUCGGAGGGAGCGGGCUCGGGACAGCGAGACGGGCAUCGAGACGGGCCGGGAGCGGCCAGAGCCUCGAGAGGCCCCCCCUCGGGCGAGCGGCCGGGCCCGCCGCCGCGCUUCCGCUUCCUCGAGGCGGGCAGCUUCUGCGAGGACGGCGCCGACCUCCUGGAGGGGCCCCUGGAUGGCUACGGCGGGGGCCACGGCCCGGGCGCCGGCGGGCUCUUCGCGGGCGACGCCCGCUCGGGCCUCUACGGGGAGAAGUGCCGGGCAAAGUGCCUGCAGAGGCCGCGGUGCCGGUUCUACACGGCGUACAGCCCAGCGGGUGGUGCCAGCUGUCCACGCGCUGCAGCAGGCGGCAGAGGACCGGGGAUCCGCUGACCGUGACGUUCGCGAAGGAGGCGGGGGGGAUCCCGGCGCCCUCGCCGCGGAGCACAAGUGCAGACGAGCUGUGAGCUCGAGUGCUGCAGCCUGCGUGUGUUCCGGAUCGCUGUGCCUGGCUCGGAGGAGGACGGCUGUGUACGGAUCCACCUCGCUCCCCCCCCCAAGGAGAGGGGGGGAGGCAGUCAGAUGAGGAGGGGGGAAUGUCGUCGCCCUACCUGUCCUCCCCGACCUCCUUCCCCCUUCCGAUCUGGGUGGUCCCCUGCCGCUCCUCCUGGCGCGUGGGGCGGCAGCCGGCGCCGGCGGACGUGGCGCGGGAGCCCGGCGCCAGAAGCCCGGGGGCAGCGGCGGAGCGCGGAGCGCGGAGCGCAGAAGGUCCGACGGCGCUCCUCCUCGGGACUCCGGGUGCGGAGCGUGUGGCCACGACUGGUCGAAGCC